UCAUUCGGCCCGAACGUGCGCUGGGUACGGCAGUAUAAUAUCUAGUCGGCCGCUAUUACGCAAGAAUUUUCCCGCAGUUAAUUAUAGGAUCUUGUCGCAAUCAUAGACGGCUGGUUCUUUCAGAGCAGUCGUCGGCAUGCCGAUCGGCUCCGGCAGCAGCAUUCUUGGUUUACCUUUUUCUGUCCUUUCAUUUUUAUUCUUCGAUCGUCGCGUCUUCUUUCCUUAACGAAGCCCUUGCAAACGGAGCCACAUUUUUUCCUCGUGCAAGCCGCCUCCCUCCCUACCUGUGCCCCGAUGCUUGCGGUAUUAGUUGCCUCGUCCAUAGGCACGUGGCAACCAUGCGAACUUCGUGGAUACUGUUCGCCGUGUUCACGUUGCUCUUCUGGGAACUGUGGGAUCGUGUGCCAUUGCUUCACCAACUUGGAAGCCUUGCAGGAUCUCUGGUGAUCAUCCUGUUCGCGUCCUACUGCUUAUCCGGCUUCGUAUGGAAGACCUUCUUUGUCAAGCAUCUGUCCUGCGACGGUAAAGCUGUUCUGAUCACAGGUUGUGACACCGGAUUUGGAUACGCACUCGCUACUCGACUGAGCCGAGACGGCUUCCUGGUAUUCGCUGGAUGCCUCGAUUCCAAAAGUGAGGGUGCCAAGGCCCUCGGCAAACUGCGAAAUGUGACGGUGCUUCAGAUGGACAUCACCAAAGCCGAGCAAGUUGAGGCCGCAUUCGAAAGAGUUCAGCAAGGACUGGGUUCCAGAGUUCUCUGGUCCGUAGUCGCCAACGCUGGUGUACGGAACAAUGGCCUGCUGGAGUGGAUCACAAUGGAGAGCAUCAUCAAGAUAUUCGACGUGAACGUCUUCGGAACCCUAAGGGUCAUCAAGAAGUUCCUCCCGAUGCUGAAAAAGAGCAAAGGACGCAUGAUUGUUGUGACUAGCCCGUUUGGGCACGUGACGAUGCCGAUGGGAGUGCCAUAUUGCAUGACCAAGUACGCCUUGGUGUCGAUGGUUGAUGGGCUGCGACGAGAAUGUCGAGGAAAGGGUGUGGAUUUUGUCUCCAUAGAGCCCAUUGCAUACAAAACGCCGAUCACGACGAAUUUCGGGUCUCAUGCCGAGACGCAGCUAGAGCUUCAGCAGCAGCCACCAGAGGUCGUGGCCGACUACAGUGCGGAGGAAAUUCAGCGGUGGCUGGACACGCCCAGGCACCUCUACCACUUCAUCAUGAGAGACGAUAUCAACGAAGUGGUCGACGAGAUGGUGUUGGCUAUCCGGGAGACCGACCCCAAGAUCCGCUAUGUUACAAAGAUCCGGCUAGGCGGCUUCUUGUACUAUGCAGCCGCAUUACUGCCUACAGAACUGUUGGACCUUUUAAUCGGAGUGGGCCUCAAGAUGCUGCCAUUCGUGUCGCGAAUGAUGAGGACAUAGGUGCCAGAAAAGCCGAGUGACUCUGUAGGAGUAUUACUGAGUGAUGAAAUGUAAGGUAAUUCGCCGGACGCGGAAAUUUGCGCAAAAUAUACUAUAGGGAUUUUCUACGGUGCUGCUUGUGCUCGUCACUACUAAAUAACCGUGCAUUAGAAUUACGGACAGUGCACUGAUAAGCGCAAGCUCUAUUCUAGUGGCGGCUUCAAAUAGAUUUCGGGGUCCCUUCAGUACCUUCUGGAAGCUCAUUUUUCAUCGCCGAGAUUCGCCUUAGGACAUUUUUUAGCCAAGCGUAACCUCCAACUUUAACGAUUAGGUGCUGUUCAUAACAUUGCAAACUGGCCGAAAACACCAUAUAGAUUUAGCGGGACACGUGCCCAAAAGUGUUGCAAUUUAUUGAGCUGCGAUUGUUGCGAAUAUAUAACGUUUAUAACAAAAAUAAUGUUGCGAUGUGCCUUAAAGGAACACCAGCAUGACAUUUAGUGUCCUUGAAUUUUUUUCCCCCAUUUUAUUUACGCCCUUCUUGACGUCAAAACCACAGAAUCAAUGCUGGCAAGCCUCAAAGCAUCCUUAAAAAGUAGCUAUAUUGGUGCUUCUUACGAAUCAGUUUCAGUUGCUUUUCUUGUCAGGCGUAUGUGUCACGACGUCAUGGCGCUGAUUUUGGUCACGUGAGGAGCGCCAACUUGUGACGUUUUGGCACUCGCGCCGGUUCGCUCAGACGACCGAGUUCAGGUACUGAUGGAAAACGAGACUUUAACUGGUUCAUAAAAAACAAUUUAUUACAUUAACUUGAGCUUCUUCACGCUUGCCGGUAUUUUUCUUAGGGUUUCCAUGUCGACGAUCACCAUUUUAAACGAUAAAGAAAUAGUCGACAUUGACAUGUCCGUACACUUUUAACAGCCAAUCCUUGCUAAAUCGCUGGAAUGUGUAUCUGCAAACCAGGAUUCCUACAGCAAACAAGCAAUUGCAGCGUCACCUCUCAUAAACAUAGCCCGAAAGUUGGGAAAUCUGCGAAAUCCGGCGGGCGUGGCCAACUUACUCUGACAACUGUGCUAACAAUUAUUUCUAUGCUGUUUCGUGCUUCCUGAAGAGACUUACUUUUUCGUCGUAAAAAUACUGCGAACUUUGUGAUGCUUACCUAAGUUUCCUGUUCUGACGCCAUCUCUCAUCAAUUUUUUUUCUUUCCUUAGGUCGUGCCGUACUUGCGAGAAGUAUUCAAGCGCGCGUUUCUGUGCGCAAGGGGGCCUGGACCUGUGGUACUUUGUAUAUUCAACACUCUUGACUGCUCUUAGACUUUCUGUUUGUUAACAUCUGGGAUUUCUAGCUCACUAUUGCGAUACCCUUGCCGGAGUCAGGAAAUAUGGCAUUUUCUACAAAUUGUUUAGGAACAUCCUUUGUUGUGAAUACAUGUAGAAUAUUAAAUUAGUUGUAAUUCCCACCUGGCUCAGAGAUAUGAUACGGGCUUCGGGUUUGAAUACAGUGGUUUGAAUUAUUUUUGUGCCUCUUCCCGAAGAAGCAAAUGUAUAAACAUUAUCGAUGAAGUUUCUUGCUACAUAAAUGAUAAACAUGACUCUUCCG